AUGGAUGUAAGAAAAGCUGUUGCACAAAUAUUAAAAUCAUUUCAAAUUGAAAUUGAUAGUUUAUCAAAACGAAGUAAAGCAGCAGAAAAAGCAUUUUUAGAAAUUUAUCGACAUUUAAGUGACCUACCAAAUCCUAUUCCAGCACUCGGUUACGUUCAAAAUUUACAACAUAAAGCCGAAAAAGUAUCUGAUUUAGAAAUUGAAAAUUUGAAAUUACGUGAAACAUUGGAUGAAUAUAAUCACGAAUUUGCUGAUGUAAAAAAUCAAGAAGUAACAAUCAAACAAUUACGAGAAAAGAUCAAAGACUUCGAAGAAAAAACAGAAUCAAAUUUACAGCAACGUAUUAAAGAAAAAGAAAAAGAAUUUCAACGUACUUAUGGUGAUAAAGAACGUCAAUUACAAAACCAACAAUUUGAUUUAGUUACAAAAUAUGGAGAAAUGGAAAUGCGUAUAUCACAAUUACAGACAACAUUGGAACAAGCACAUCAAGAAAUGUUUGAAUAUAAAUCUAAACAAGAAGAUUUGAGUAGUGCACGUUCAUCUGAAAUUGAAAUACUUAAUCAAGAUUUAGAACGAGCAAACGAUCGUGCCUCAAAUUCUGAACGUCUAGUUGAAAAAUUACGUGAACAAUUAGAACAGUUGAGUCAAACAAACGAUUUAAAUAAUAAAAAUUCUACAAUUGAAGAUGAAAAUGAUGAAUAUGAACGUUUAACAAAAUCACGUAUGCAACAAUCAACAUUAGAAUUUGAAUUAGCUUCGAAAGAACGUGAAAUAUCACAAUUAGUUAUUGAUGCUCAAAAAUUACAAGCAACAUUAAUUAAAGUUAAAGAAACUUCAUUUUCACAAAUUUCUGAUCUUGAAUCAUUGUUAAGUACGAAAGAGAAAACAAUUACACAUUUAGAAGAGAAAUUACAAACACAAUCAGAUUAUGAUGAAAUUAAACGUGAAUUAAGUAUAUUAAAAUCAAUUGAAUUUUCAUCAUCAUCUUAUCGUAAUGAUGAACAAAAUAAUGAUCAAACAGUUACAAUACCGAAAAAAUCAUUAGAAAUAUUAUUGUUAGAGAAAAAUCGAGCAUUACAAAAUGAAAAUACACAAGUUAAAGUAGCACAUCAAGAUCUAGAAAGUAAUAAUUAUCAUCAUUGUCAUCACUGUUCUCAUUGUCAUAAUUUACCUUCCGCUGUUGUACCGUCUUUAGUCCCUCCUAUAUCUAUCUCUCAUUCUUCAUUGUAUCUAACACCAUCAUCAACAUCAUCUGACAUUCGUUCCUCUGCAGCAACAACAACGACAACAAUGUAUUCUAGUCUUGAUUUGUCGUCUUUUAUAUCAAAAACAAAAGUAAUUUCAAAUGAAAGUGAAACUUCUCCCAUACGUACUUUUAAUAUUGAUCUUUCAAAUAUGCUUUGCAAUAACAAAGAUAGUAAAUCGAAUUCUGAGUCAUUAUUUAAAAAAGAGAAUGAAUCCGUGAUAUCAAAUACAUCUGCACUUUUAUCACAAAAAGUUUGUCCACUUACUAAUUUGACUACUAGUAUUAAUGAUAAUAUAACACCAACUAAUAUACCAUUAACCACUAUUAAUUCUCAUAAUCUAAAUAAACUAUCAUGUACAUCUUCAUGCCAAAGUUCGAAACUAUUCGAUUCAAAGGAUUUUUUACAAUCCUAUAUUUCAUUAUCAUCAAAAUAUCCCACAACGUGCUCGUGCUUGCCUUUAACGACACCAACUGCCUCCCUCUUAUCAACAACAGCAACGACAAUGUUGCCAUUUGAUUAUUCAUCAUUAGCAACACCUCUUCAAGGUAGGUAA